CUCUCUCCUCUAUUACUAAUCUCAUUUCAGGGUGAGAAAACGGAAAAACAAAAUCACAAACUCAAAAAUUGUUUGAAAUUAAAACAAAAAUUUUUUAAAAAAGCCCCAAAAUCAGUCCCUUCAUCACGCGUUUUCCUUCCUUCUUCUUCUUCAUCCUCCUCGGCUCCUCCAUUUUCUUUCCUCUCUGUAUUUGCAGAGAAGCUCACAUUCCUUCCCUUUCCCUCCAAAUUUUCCAUUCUCUGUGUUUCAAAUUUCGUUAUCUAUGUCACAGAUCCAUGGGAGACCCUUUAUUCUCUGUUAAUUCCUCUCUGUUUGCAGAUCCGUAGCAACCCAGUUCGCCUUACCUCUCCUAAUCUCUCCCCACCUCCCUAAAUCCCCGCCUUCCGAUCAGAAAACGGUAGAUCCCCCGGCUUAAUAUCCACCAUGAAGACCACUUCCCGGUUGUUCACGAUCGGUCUAGUGAGCUCCUGGUAUUCCUCAAAUAUCGGGGUUUUGUUACUGAACAAGUAUUUGCUAAGCAAUUACGGGUUCAAGUACCCGAUCUUCUUGACCAUGUGUCAUAUGACCGCUUGUAGUUUGCUUAGCUAUGUCGCCAUUGUUUGGAUGAAGAUGGUCCCUAUGCAGACAAUUCGCUCGCGCCUUCAAUUCUUCAAGAUCUCCGCCUUGAGUCUCGUCUUCUGUGUGUCGGUCGUGUUUGGUAACAUUUCCUUGAGGUUUCUCCCAGUCUCUUUCAAUCAAGCGGUUGGUGCUACGACGCCGUUUUUCACUGCGGUUUUCGCUUAUUUGAUGACCCUUAAGAGGGAGGCUUGGCUUACUUAUGUCACCUUGAUCCCCGUCGUUACUGGAGUAAUUAUUGCCAGUGGGGGUGAACCGAGUUUUCAUCUAUUUGGGUUUAUAAUGUGUGUUGCUGCUACAGCUGCAAGGGCACUCAAAUCAGUGCUGCAAGGGAUUUUGCUUUCUUCUGAGGGGGAGAAGCUGAAUUCAAUGAACCUCCUUCUGUACAUGGCACCCAUAGCUGUUGUCUUUUUACUUCCUGCAACUCUUAUUAUGGAAGAUAAUGUGGUUGGGAUUACACUGGCUCUUGCUAGAGAUGAUAUCAAGAUUGUCUGGUACCUGCUAUUCAACUCGGCGCUAGCAUAUUUUGUAAAUUUGACCAACUUUUUGGUCACAAAACACACAAGUGCUCUGACUUUACAGGUUCUAGGAAAUGCGAAAGGGGCUGUGGCUGUUGUGGUUUCAAUUUUAAUUUUCAAAAAUCCAGUUUCUGUUACUGGAAUGCUUGGUUACACACUUACAGUCUUUGGAGUCAUCCUGUACAGCGAAGCAAAGAAAAGGAGCAAAUGAUGCGUAAAAGUGCAAUUUUCCAAAUAUAUAUUUUGUUUCCAUCAGUGCCAGGACUGUGGCAACCUUCAUGGGGAGGGAGUUGGGCCGUGAAUGGUGCAAUGGAUUUUGCCCUCUAAAUCCUAUUUUUUUACAGUGAAACCUGGAGAUUGGUUUCCAUUUGUAUCAGCAACAAGUUCAGGAUUAGCAAGAAGUAGAAAACUCAAAUAAGUGACUGAUUUAUCCUUAUUAGUCCCGGUCAAGGGUUGUAGAGGAAUAUCAUUUUAUCUUUCUUUCUAUUUCUUUGUUUUGGUUAAUUCUUUCAGGAAAUUAUUGUAGAAUUGGCUCUCUACAGAAUCAGUUUGUUAUUGAUAUUUGUCACAUUGAUUAAUUAAUGAAAAAACCGUCCAAAUCUUUACUGUCA